GGGAGUGACAUGAAUCAAUCCACAUAAUAUGAUGAAUCAAAAUGACAAUCAAACAAAAGAAACUAAACUACUCCAAGAAGAGGAAGUUGAACAACUUAAGCAAUGCCUUCCAAAAACAAACUUCCUUGGAAGUAAGCUUGAGCUAGUAAAUUACCAAGGCUUUUGGUGUCAAUCCAAUGCCUUUAAACAAAUCUUCCAUUAUCAAACCCACUUCCAAGCUCGCAACUCCGACAUCUUCUUAGCUAGUCUCCCAAAAACCGUCACAACUUGGUUGAAAUCCUUACUCUUUUGUAUUGUCAACCGACCUAAUAAUGUUGAUAAUCAUCAUCAUCAACAACCCUUAAUCAAAUUUAGCCCUUUACUUAACCAUAAUCCUCAUGAACUUGUUUAUCAUCUAGACCUUGGUGUUUAUGGUGAUAAUCCCAUCUUACCACGCCCUAACCAACUUAACGACCUCCCUUCUCCAAGGCUUUUGCAUACACACUUUCCAUACCAAUCAUUACCCGAAUCUAUCAAAGAUUCAUCGUGUAAGAUUCUCUAUAUUGCUCGGAAUCCUUUAGAUACUUGUGUUUCGCAAUGGUUUUGGCACACAACCUUGAUAAAAAAGAGGACAAAAGAUGAAGAUUUCCAACCUCCUACAAUAGAGGAAUUUUUUGAGGAAUUUUGUCUAGGGAAGUUUCCAUAUGGGCCUUAUUUUGAGCAUGUUAUUGAGUUUUGGAAACAAAGUCUUGAGCAACCUAACAAGGUCUUGUUCUUAAAGUAUGAGGAUUUAAAAGGUGAUAAUGCUAUGCUUCAUCUUAAAAAGCUGGCUGAAUUUCUUGGUUUGCCAUUUUCUUUUGAGGAAGAAAGUAAUGGUGUGAUUAAUGAAAUAAUGGAGUUUUGUAGCAUUGAUAAUCUCAAGGAAUUGGAGGUUAAUAAGAUUGGUUUUAUGAACAAGUUUGUUGAGAAGAAGAACUUCUUUAGGAAAGGAGAGGUUGGUGAUUGGACUAAUUAUUUCACCCCUCCUAUGAUUGACAAGAUUAACACUUUGAUGGAACAAAAACUUGGUGGUUCUGGUUUGUCCUUUCAACAACUCCCUCAAUCCUGAGUUACUUAAUAUAAUCGUGUACUAGAAUAAUUACGAGUAUAUCCUUAGUAUAUAUCUCGAUCUAUUAGUUUCAAAUCAAAUAAAUGUAAUUUUUAGUAUAAUUCCAAGUUAUGCGUUUUAGUUUGAUGCACUAGUAAUUCAUAAUAAAACGUAUUGUAUUGUCAUAUUUGACGCAUUAAUUACUCUAUUACUCCA